AUGAAAAUUCUGUUGGUGAUCGCAAGCUUGUUGGUGGCAGCUUUCACUACGCCGAUCUUCAACCAAGAUCUGGAUAACGAUUGGGUCCUAUACAAGCAAGGUCAUAAAAAGAACUACGCACCGGAAGAAGAACAACUCAGGCGCCUGAUUUGGGAGGACAAUGUACGUCACAUCCAGAAGCACAACCUGGCUGCUGACCGCGGAGAGCAUACGUACUGGUUAGGGGAGAACGAAUAUGCCGACAUGACCAUUUUUGAAUUCCGGGCUGUUAUGAAUGGAUACAUCAUGAACGCGAACAGAACAAAGGGAGAAAUGUACAUGUCGCCUAGCAACAUUGGUGACCUUCCCGACAAGGUCGAUUGGAGAGACAAAGGUUACGUCACAGAUGUCAAAAACCAAGGUCACUGUGGGUCCUGCUGGUCUUUCUCCGCCACUGGGUCACUUGAAGGUCAACACUUCAAGGCCACCAAUAAACUGGUUUCCCUUUCCGAACAGAAUCUCGUCGACUGCUCACAGAGAGAAGGAAACCAUGGAUGCAAGGGCGGAUUGAUGGACAAUGCCUUCAGAUACAUUGAGAAAAACAAAGGAAUUGAUACUGAGGAGUCUUACCCAUACACAGCUAAGGACGGAUUCUGCAGAUUCAAGGAGAGCAAUGUAGGCGCCACAGACACUGGAUAUGUUGAUAUUCCCCAUCAAUCGGAAAGCAAACUACAAGAAGCUGUUGCUACCGUCGGCCCUAUUUCUGUUGCUAUGGACGCUGGUCAUAAGUCAUUCCAGCUGUACAAGAAGGGAGUUUACAGCGAACCAGCCUGCAGCUCUGUAAAACUUGAUCAUGGUGUGCUAGCUGUUGGUUAUGGAACUGAAAGCAGCGAAGAUUAUUGGCUUGUUAAAAAUAGCUGGGGUGAAUCUUGGGGAAUGGACGGAUACUUUAUGUUGGCCAGAAACAGGCGGAACAUGUGCGGAAUUGCCACUCAGGCCAGCUAUCCCAAAGUUUAAACAAUAAACAAUCUCACCAGAGGGCGUGUCUCAACAUACAUAUCAUCCGAAUUUCCUCCACAUCUUUUUUCACCUCAUUGUUUUGUUCUAUUUGACUUUUUAUCUUUUUUAUCUUGAUUAAAAUAUCUAUUAUAAAUGAAAA